AUGGACAGCACUGCAGAUAAUCUGAUCAUACGCCCAGACCACUUAUCAUCCACGCUGAGUAUUUACGGUCCCUUGAGCCCGAGAUACCCUUCCUCGCCAUCACAGUAUCUUCAGAAACAGAUCCCCAGAGUGUCCUGUGCUGCUGAUACUGCGUGUGCGUCGGUACUGCUGAAGCUUAAGUCCUCUCGGGUCAUUAAGUUGUGGAGCCCUCAGGAGGAGGCCAUGCUCAUUUCCUUUUACGGUUAUUUUCAGAGUAGCUGGAGUCUUUAUCGUCCAUACUUUGACCGUACAGUGUCGUCCAUAAAGAUGAAGUAUCAUAGCAUCUCUAGAAACCGACGUAGUUUGGUCAGGAACGCUGCUACAACUUUCAAACCAGACGAGGAUCGGGUGCAGUGCAGUGGACCAUCCAUACUUAUGACAAACAGACUCGAGGCAAUGAGGUACAUUGAGCGUCUAGAAACCGUGGCUGCAGGUAAUCCUGCGCUAGCUCUUCAAUUGAUGCGCAUCUGUGGAACCUCCGCAGAAUUAGACCAAUUUACACAACAAUUUGCAUGUGAUCUGCAAAGAGCAGAUAUGCACGAGGUCCUCAGCUCAAUACCGCCUCUUCAGUCCGGUGGCGCACCAGCUGGCUUCGGUGCUGGUAUCGCAUAUCGACAGGGGGCCCAGACUGACUUUACUUCUUAUUCUGUCAAUCAGUGCAGCACGUCACCAACAAACUACCCUGUAAUAAGGGAUCCUAGUGUAUCUUUGUUCACAGCUGACUUUCUCUCGAUGGAUUCUGCCUAUAAUCCUGACCUGUGA